AUGCUACCUUCAGUGACUUCUCUAUUGCAUGAAAACAGUUCACAUAGGAUACACCUGGAGUCCUCUUCUCCAUUUCUUGGAACUGUGAAAACUAGCUUUUCUAGUGAUAGACAUGGUGUUAUUAGAUUGCCUCCCCUUUAUCCAUCUCGACCUCAAUCUUUAGAAAGUGCUUUAAGACACACAGCUAGUUUAUCUAAUAUUUUGAAUUCAGAAAAUGGAUAUACUCAUAUAUCUAUAAAUAAAGAAAAAAAACUACUCUCGACUCCAAUAACUCCUAUGACAGAAAAUAAAGUCAAAGAAUUGAAAUUUAAAUCCAAAAGUACUAGUAAUAGUAAUAAUAAUUAUAAUGGUGAUGAUGAUGAUAAUGACGAUGAUAAUAAUGAUGUUCACAAUGAAAUACACAGUAAUAAAAGAUCCUCUUUCAAUGCUGUCAAAACAAUACUGACACCUUCGAGUAGUGAAAAGAAACAAGCAUUUGCAUUUAUUACUCAUUCUCAGGAUACCUUUGGUGUAAAAGAACCCAAAAUAGAUAAUGUACCUUUAGCACGUCGUAAAAGACGUAGAACAUCUGCCCAAGAAUUACAUAUUUUACAAGAUUCAUUUAAUAGAUGUUCUACACCUUCAAAAGAGGAAAAAAUUAUGCUUGCACAAAAAUGCAAUAUGUCAGAGAAAGCGGUGCGAAUUUGGUUUCAAAAUAAGAGACAAUAUUUGAAAAAACAAAAAAUGAAUCAGAAAGCUACUUCAAGUCUAGCAAUUGAUAUACCAAGUGAAGAAAGUAAACCUGUUUUGCAAAUUCCUUCACCAAAGGGGAUUUCUGUUGUACAAUUAGAAUUUCCAGCUGAUGUGAAAUUGGAUGUUACACCUACAAAAAAAUCGCCAAAAAAGUUUCCAAUUAAAAAAGAAAAUUCACCAAUGAUAUCGAGUAACAGUGUGAGACUGGGACAAAGUUUAACGUUCCAUAUUAGGAAUGAAAUGAAAUCUCUAACCCCUGUGAAAAAUGUGUCUAGUAAUAAAGUUACUAAAUUAAUCAAUAAUUUCAAUAGUAAUCAAAAUAAAAACAAAUAUAUGCAUGCUGGUGAAACAAAAACGUCACCAUUUCAACAAAGUCCAAAAGAUAAUCAACAAUGUCAUACAUUUAAUCUGACACCGAAGAAAAAAACUAAGAAAUUGCAGUUCAAGCCAGUAGAUCUGAAGUUGCCGUUAAAAGAAUUAAACAUAAACAUAUUUAAUCCUUAG